ACGUCCUACAACCACCAAUUCUAACCUCAUCUCAAGAACUUCAUCAAACCAACAACGUCAACGCCAGAAAAUAAUCAAUAUUUUGCGCAAAUCUAAUACAAAGAUGCGCACAAUAUCGAAUCCAAUUUAAAUCACGAAAAGGCGACAACUCUAAGACGGUUUGUCGCGACCGAGAGAUUUGACGUUAUGGGCGGCGGAGAGAGGGGACUUUUGUCUCGCUCUGGGGUAUCCGGACACAACUCUUCCAUCACGAAUGGCACAUCAUGGCAACCUUCCUCAUCGAGUAUAAUUCAUCCCCAAAAGUCUUACCAAAAUAAAAACAAUACUCCUCCGCGGUCGCAUACUCCAAGUAUAUUCGAUGCCACAAUGGCUGACUCGGCCAACGUACAGGAGGAGGAAAGUCAAAGGACAAUAUUUAAAGAAUUAUAUCGCCGCAGCGAGGCAAAAUUAGCUGGUUUGUUUGGAGGUGGCGAUUAUACUGCAGAUGUCGAUGAACAUCAAGAAGUCUCGGCACAAGAUACACAAUUGGUCGAAGAUGCAACCGCCAUUGAACCGGCUAAGCAAGCACAACCACCAAAGAAGCCGGCGCGCGCCAUAGAUGAAGACAACUAUGAUGAUGACGAUGAUGAAGAGGAGGACGGGCAGCAAGAUUCUCCCUCGAAGGGAAGAAGCGCGAAUGCUUUACUGUCGCCCUCGAAGUCUGGGAGUUCUCCCAUUCAAUCUGAAUUAUCCCCUUCAAAGAACGCGGAACAAAAUAAGGAUGAUGCUGCAAGCGACCAACCUAAAACUUCUCAAGAUGCGCGCAAGAAGUUGGAAGAGGAAAAGAAGGCUAUCGAGGAUGCUGCCAAGCGCAGUUUCAAUACCAUAUUCUAUACAUUGGAGAAUGAUCGGAUCGCUAUGCUAGAGCAGCAAAGGCUGGAGGAGUCCGAACGGCAAACUGAUGCGGAAAUGGACAAUAAUGGCAAUGCUGGACCUACCAGUAAUCGGCAAGCCGAACAACACAGUUCUUUGGCUAAUGCUGAGAUGGGCGCAUCGAGUUUGACGUUGAAGAAUCUCUUUGCUCGCAUUGAUGCAAAGCGUGACAGGGUUCAAGCUACGGAUAUGGAGCUGAGAGCCUUGAUUAAUGAAGUUCGUAAGAAUAGAAGUAAAUGGGCCAAUGAGGACAACGUAAACCAGGAAGAAUUAUACGAGGCUGCCGAGAAAGUUUUGAGUGAACUCAAGGCUAUGACAGAAUACUCGGCUCCCUUUCUUGUCAGGGUUAACAAGCGCGAGGCUCCUGAUUAUUACAAUGGUAAAUCUCAAAGUCCAUAUACACGUAGUUUUGGCGCUGACAUGAAAUAGUUAUCAAGCAACCCAUGGACCUCGGCACAAUGACUAAGAAGUUGAAGUCGUUGGUAUACAAAUCUAAAAAGGAAUUUGUUACUGAUCUCGACUUGAUAUGGGAAAAUUGUCUCAAAUAUAACGGGGCAGAUAAACAUCCUUUGCGAAGAAAUGCGGAAAACAUGAGGAAAGAGGCAGCAAAACUUAUACCUCUGAUUCCAGAUCUUAUCAUUCGACCUAGAGCAGAAGUGGAAGCGGAGGAACGUCGUAAACAGAAUGGAGGCGAUGAUGCCGAUGAAAGUGAUGACGAGCCUAUCAUGUCUUCCCGAGGUCGAGGUGAAGGUGGUCGAGGUGUAAAGGGAUCUGCCAAGUCACGAAAGAAUGCUUCCGGACGUGACAAAGGCACUCCAGUUAUUGACAAAAAGCCUGCUCUUCAACUCAAUGGCGUACUUGGAAAUCUCAAUCAGGAUGGUUCUGAAGUAGAAGGUAGUCAGAAUGGCUUUUCUACUCCAGUUCCUGGUGGUUCAGUAACGCCCAGUGGUAUGAAUGGUGUUGCUAGUCAGGCUGAUGGCAUGGAUAUCGAUGUUCCUUCAAUCAAUGGUCUAGGUUUGGCUCAGGGAUUCGGAGGAGAAGAUGUCCAUGAGGAUGAAGAAUAUAAAAUCUGGAAACAGGUUACCAAGAAAAAUCGUGCCAUGGUUGCUAAGGAACGAAAUCGAUUAUUCAAAGGUGAUAAGUUGAAUCCCGAUGAGCCUGCUCUUUUGCGAACCAAAGCCGGGAUGCGGAGAUGGCUGCGCCAACGAAAGCAAGAUGAUCCCAGUGGCUCAAAAGCUGAAGGUGUCGUUGAAGAUAAGCCUGCAAAGCAAGGCGCAGAGACUCUUGCCGAAGGUAUGGAAGGCGAAGAAGAACAUUUCUUGCCUGACUAUUAUGAUCCACUAUCAGCUAUUCCAGAUAUCAACCCGAAACUGCAAUGGGUGGAAGAUGCGGAUGGUAAUCUAAUUGAGCAGUCGGAAGAAUUUCUCCGGAUGGUGCCCGCUGGACACUUUACAGCACCGAAAAGUUUCCUGACCAACAAGGUUGAGGCUAAUAUGAAGCAAAUGCAAGAAACCAGAAAGUUGUGUUCUAAGAUCGGCGUUAUAAAGCAAAUGCAAUUGCAGGCGCAGGUAAGACCGACGGCUUUGGCUGUAUGUUGAGUUUUACUAAUUUCCCAUUUCAGAUGUAUAACAAUCAAUUUCCUAAGUAUGAGCCUGAACCAUUUGUAGAAACAGAUAUCGAACCACAUGUCACUUCAGAUGAUGGUCCUAUCAUGUCUUCCUGGGUUUGCAAAGCUGCAAUGCAACGAUCUGUUGCCAAGCUAUGCUAUCAUGCUGGUUUUGAAGAAUUGCAGCCCUCUGCUUUAGAUGUCAUAACUGAUAUUGCUGGGGACUUCUUUGGUAAAAUUGUCAAAACUUUUGGUGUCUAUCGAGAAGCGCAUAAAGUCCCUGCUGCACCUGGCUCUGGAAGUAAAUGUCAAGACCGUUACUCUAAUGAGGAAGUCGUCUUGCAUACUUUGGGUGAAAAUGGUAUGGAUAUAGAAGCCUUGGAGAGCUAUGUCAAAGAUGAUGUUGAGCGUUUGGGAACCAAACUUUCAGUCAUGCACGAACGCAUGAAGGCACAUCUUACAGAUUUACUCAGACCUGCUUUAACAGAUGGGACUCAGGAUGGAUCUGGUGCAUUUAACGAGGGUAGUGAACAAUUUGUUGGUGGUGAUUUUGCCGCGGAACUUGGUGAAGAUUACUUUGGAUUCAAGGCUCUCGGUUUGGACAGUGAAUUCUCAAUGACAAGUCUUGGCGUACCGUUACAUCUCCUCCACACGAGAGUACGUAGCGCCUACCAAGGACCAGCCGCAGCUGCACCACAAGCUGAAAUAUUCCAACCACUACCUCCUCUACCACCUAUUACCAGGGAAAGCAUCGCCAGUCAAAUUGGCCUCGUCAGGAAUUUCUUUCUCGCUAAGUUACACGCAAACGAUGAUGAACCUCUGGUGGAGGACGAAGAACUCACUGGAAAACAAAAACCAACGCGUCCACGCCUUGGUCCAACGGGUAAAAUUACUAGUCCUCGCAAACGUCCACUAAAAGAACAAAGUGGUAAUGCGAAGAAAAAGAAGAAGCUUGAUAAUGGUACAGCAAUUGAUUCACAAUCUUCGGUUAAAACUGGUGUAAGUGGAAGUCCGCAAAAAGGAGAUGGUAAAAAGGUCAGACCAGGUUUACCGAAUGGUGGAUCUGUGUCGGUAGAUGGAGUGGAAAGUCAGGAUCUUAACAGUCCGAUUGAAAAAGAUGAUGGGGCCUUAGGUCCAAUGAGUCCCGAAAGUAUCGUUGAACGGUAGUUGGUUUGGGGAUGAGGUGGUAUAUAAAAGUUAUAUUUGGGAACGGUGGUUGUAUUGUUCUUUGUGCAUGUGGAUGGUGUUGUUUGGGUGGGUGGCUAUUUAUGGGAAGAUGGAAUGUUAAGUGCGCAUUCACCAUUAUAUCAGGUAUUCCCUCGAAUCGUAUUGAGGAUGAUGGCAAUAAGAGCGGAGUUUAUUCACUUUGAUAUUCAUUCGUUCAUUUUAUCCUUUUUCACAAGAAUAUAAACAGGUAGCUUGGAUAUGGAUAUGGAUAUGGAUUUGGGAAGGGGGAGGGGGGUGGGCUUGGGCUUGGGCUUGGUAUGAAUAGCGGCAGAUGGAUAACUCGAGCAUAUCAGUACAUAUGGGAUAGGAUGGUAUCGGGCAGGAUGGAUAGGACCAGGAUGAAAGGGGUGGAUAUUUCAAAUCAAGUACCAGUCAGUAGGCAGGCUCGGAUCGGGAGAUUGGGAGUACCAAUAGUAUCGACUGGGUAUCGAUAAGGUGGUCAUUCGGUUAUUGAAUUGAGAGUGCAUGGUGCUCGGAGAAUAGAGCAGAGCAGAGCAAACGUAGCGAAGCAGAGUAGCGCACUGCAGCGCAGAGACUCCCUUUAGUUAAUUUAUUCAUGUUAUGUGUAUUAAGAAUUAUUUUUCUUCGUUUUUUUU